UGUAGGGCAGUGAGGCAUUUCGAUCGAUCGAGGCAUUUGCGUCUUGGCGUCGCAGGGAUCGAAAUAUGGAUUGAGCGAGCGCUUGUGAGCGCUCUGCAAGGAUUUACGAUAGGUGUCGAUCUUUAGUCGAUUGCAUUUCGAUCGAUCGAGAUCGAAAUAUCGAUUGCGCGAGUGCUUGUGAGACGCUGGGGACACAAGGAUCGGUACAAUAGGUAUCAAUCUUUCUCUCCCCUGAGAUUUUCGUCGAUUAAUCGUUGUUUCCCGGGAGGAUGGAGCUAAGUCAGCGACGAUUCUAGCUCUCGUUAUCACUGUAAUUCAGAAUCGACGUCUUGUGAAGCAGCAAGGACGCUGGGAAAUUUAGCUGCUAGAAGAACUUCACAGAUUUUCGCUAGGCGACCACGAACAAAAUGGAUGGAUUACUCCGCGACCACGGUGCACAUACAGGGGCUCUCGAACAAAACUAUGGUCUCUGGCUGGAUGACGUGGCUGCCACUAGGAUGCCGAGUUGGCACAAGUAUUAGGGCUCGGCGAGCUCCAUUCCUGUCUUGAUCGUCUCGGAGGCCUAGUAGCGGCUGUUGCUCGGAGAGGCGUGGAGCGAGCGAUCGUCGUUGCUGUCGCACAGAUUUCUUCGCCGACGUGAUCACUUUGCUCGAGAAGCUUGCGGCUUUCGUUGAUAGAAUGGCAUUCAAAGCUUGUCUUCUUUCGUUCCAGGCUUGACGCGGCGCUAGCGAUUGUUGCGACUGUUGCGCAGAUUUCUUCGCAGAGGUUUGAUUCUGGAGCUGGCGAUUAUUGGCACUGUUCCCGGAUAUCUUCGCAGGGCAGGCUGCUAGCGAUAAUUGUCGAUUGUUUCACGUGUUCUCUGGAGAGCUGUCUAGAUGUCAACGGUACGUUUGAUUCUACCAUCGGACGUCGAGAGGAAGAAGCUUACGAACCCUCGAUACGGACCAAGCUCGACACAACGGCGUAGAAAUACCGGAGAAGCACAGUUUUGCUUGCCUCCGUGGCUCUCGAGCUUGCUGGAAGCGCUGCAAGACUCCGAUCCUGCGAUUGAAAACGGUCCCGACGAAACCGAGUGCCUCAUUUGCUCCAUAAGCGCUGCCUGGUGCAUCCUUACGCUGCCGUUUCCUGUGAUGACAAGGAUGAUAGGGAGCCUCUCGACCGUGAAAAGCAGGCCCUCCGAAGAUGGAAAGUGGCCCACGCAGGACCGGAGGUUCCUCCUCCAGAUGGUUACGGCUGAAGAGAUCCGCUCCUUCUCGAGGUUUGCCUCUGCUUAUGUCAACUACAUUUCGUCGAACAGGAACAGGACGAUGCUUGUGAAGAUCUAUGGCGCUUUCACGUGCUUUCGUCUUUGCAUGCAGGUAAUCUCUGGAGAUGCUGUGAACCACAUUGUCCUCAUGCAGUACUUAAAACCUCCCGGGAACGUUGUCUCUCAAUACCAGCUCAAGGCGUCUGGCAGUAAGAUGGAGCCUGUCUACUUAGCAGGGCUCGAGUAUCUCAGGUUCGAGGAGAUUGUCAAGCGAGACACGCAGUUUCUCCAGGAUGACUCGGUGGUCGACUACUCCUUGCUGUGCUUCAAGACGGAGAACCGAGAAGUGGUGGUGGGCGUGGUCGAUUUCUUCGGCAGGAGGACACUGCGAAAGAGCUUGAAGCUACUCGUGGAGCGGCCAAGCUGGAUGCGGCUAAGGCAGGCUUUGGUCACACCGUGCGUCUACCACUCGCUCAUGCGCAGCAAGAUCGACAUGGUGUUCUACAUGUUUUGUCCCAGAGAUUACUUUUGUUUCUGGUAGAGAGAUCAGCGAUCACUAAAAGCUGUGCUUACUAGAAAUUGCCCAGCAAAUGCUGGCCGGAUGCAAAGCCCAACUCUGGAAAUUUAAACACGUCAACAUAAAGCUGUGGGAAGAUGAAAAAGCUAGUCUAGGAAUGAAUGUAAGCUCAAGCAAAAGAUCACCAUCACACACAUUUUUCCAAA